AUGGCAGCGCAUCGGAAAUUUACCUUUGAUGAUCCGGAAGACAGCUAUUGGAACGAGAAUGGUCCUCUCACAAUUCCUAUUUCUGCUGAAAAUCCUUCAACUAGUAACGUGAUUGCUGCUCGAGCAGCUCUGGAGAAUCUUUUUGAAAGUCAAGCUCGUUUUGGUAUUGAAGAUGGAUUUUGGAACACAGAAAAUGAACCACGAAUAGCGACUGUGGAGAAUUCAGUCAAGAAAAAUUAUUUACAGUCAACACGAAAAAAACUUUGUCCAAAGUCUCCCGUAAUUUCGGAAGGCAGCGCAGAAUCAGUUUCAAGUUAUGCCACCGCGCAACUUGAUUAUUCAAGAUUGAAGGCGGAGCAUCGGAAAUUACAAAAACAUUUAGAGCAAGUAAGGUUGGAGCGAUAUCGUCCCUCUGAUCCUGAAGUGACUGUUCGCCGAUUACUUCAAAAUGAUCCAGUUUCAUUAGACUUGUAUCGAAGUAUGAAUGAAAAGUUAGAUCUGUUGGAAGCUGCCUUAGACUCUUAUGACGGGAAUGUCAUUCUUGCAGUACUACUGGCUUUGGAAAGGUCUCUCGAAACUUCACUUUUUAUGAAUAUUUUGAAUCAAAAGCCAAGUGCUGCUCAUCAUUAUGUAGCAUAUUUAAAACAAAUGAAAAGCUUUGAUCAACUGAUUACAACUCUUCUUGCUUUGAAUCGCAUGGAAGAAGCUUUACUUGUAAUGUACCGUGUUUCAUAUAUGAAACAACCCUCUGAACGGAUUUCAUAUUUGAAGAAAUGUUUGCAUUUAGGUGCAAAAGACCCAUCACUGGAAAUGUUCUGCAAAUCAGUGAACGAAUAUAUCGAUCUCCUAGAACGGCAGAUUGUGAUUGAAGACGCUGAUGAAGUUAGUAUCAAAAAAGGGAACAACGUUAUUUUCCAUCAGUAUCCUAAAUCAGUAACUUUAAUUGGUCGACCAGUCUUAACAACACUAUAUUAUUCAUGUUUAUAUCAUUUUGAUCUUCCAGUGAAUGCUUAUUCUAGUCCACUGUCUAUAAAGCAGUUUUUCCGAAUGACCGAAAAACAAUAUGCAUGGAUGGCUAUAUCAGCGUUAUCACGUUUGAAGCGAUGGAAUGACGUAGACGGAGUAUUAAUGAGCAAGAAAUUAUUAGGUGGUGUAAAAACAGUUUGUCCUUUUGCAUGGCGCCAUUUAUUUGCCAUAAUUUCGGCGAGCGGUAAUCAAGCUCCAAAAGAAGUACAGACACUGCUACGCGCUGUUCCGGAUGUAAAUGAACGUCACCAUCUUGCAAUUCAAUUUCCACAAGCAGCUGACAUUGUAAUUGAGUGUUUAGUAGCUCAGAAGGAUCGUUCAGCACUCAGUGCAUUUCUUUCUAAAUUAACACCGCAAACUGCAGAAGCCUAUAAAGCGAUUAGUGCGUUGAAUAAUGCAGUAAGUGCAGAUUUAUGUACUGUGUAUAUAAAAAUAGUUUCUUAA